AUGGUGGACACGACGAAGCGUCCUCAAGCCAAUGGCAAGCACCGGAUAAAGAAACUUACUGCUGAAAAGCUACGGCAGUUUCGUAAUGAAAUUGUCAAGGGAAAUGGGCAGCAAGUUGAUCUCACGGAGCGUGGUAUUGAGUCUAUCGUGAGCUUGGAGGGUCUGCAGAACGUCACCAAAUUGGAUCUGAGCCACAAUAAGCUCACAAAACUGUCGCAGCUCAAGUCUAUAGCACACGUGACGAUGCUUAAGAUCACGGACAAUAAAUUGAAUGGCGAUGGAUUGAUGGAGAUCCAGCACCUCAAGAAGCUCGUGAUUUUAAAUGUCGCCGAGAACAACGUCACGCGCAUCCCGUUUGAAGUGAUACGGAACAUGAGUACACUCAAGGCGCUGGUGCUUAAUAAAAAUUUUAUCUCUUCAUUGGAUUGGAUGCCUAAGCUACCGGAGCUGAAUUCGCUUAUUGGGGGGGAGGUGAAUGCUGAAAUGGAAAUCCCUCAAACGACUGUUCAUACCGCAAACGAGAAUGAUGACGAGAAGCCGAGCAAGAAGGAGAAGAAGGAGAAGAAGGGGAAGAAGGAGAAGAAAGAUAAGAAAGAGAAGAAAACGAAGCAAGAGAGUGAAAAGCUGGUUGCUAACAAGCCGCUUAAGGAGGUUGUUGCUGCACCUGAGUCCGAGAAAAAGUCAAAAUAUCAGGAGAAGGAUGUUAAAGCUAACGGUCCUGCACCAAUGGACGUUGUGCAGAGUGCAUCUACGUCCAAGUUUGAUGCAAAGACAAAAAAGAAGAAGACCAGUGAGAAGAAGCCGAAAAAGAAGCAAGACAAAAAGAAAGACAUGCGACAGCCAAAGGAAAUUGCCAGUGGUGUGGUGGCUGUAAAGCAGUUCAAGAAAGCCAAAAAGAGUAAAAACGCACAAGACAAACCUGUGGAUUUGACGCAGAUGAACUUUACGCCCGAUGUUGGUUUUGGCGGUUCGUCUACAUGGGACUGA